AAAGCUAGAUCGAGGUUAUCAAUAGCAAUGGCUGGAGCUUCUUCAUCAUCCUCUAGUUUUGCUGAAAUCCUUACCGAAAUUCCUGAGCUUAGGGGUGAUAAUUUCAAAAUCUGGAAGGAACGAGUUCUUCUUCAUUUAGGCUGCGCCGACAUGGACUACGCAAUAAGGAAGGACGAACCUGCUGCAAUCACUGUGACUAGCACUGCUGCUCAGAUCGCACUAUAUGAGAAAUGGGAGCGGUCCAAUCGCCUCAGCAUCAUGUUCAUCAUGUCCAAGAUCCCUCUGGGAAUGCGUGGAUCGGUGGAGCAACCUGAGAAAGUCAAAGACUUGAUCAAACUGAUCGAUGAGCAGUUCGACACUUCGGACAAACCACUUUACAACAACCUCAUCCACCAGUUCUCAUCCACAAAACUCACUGGUGUCAAAGGAGUUAGAGAACAUAUUUCAAAGAUGAGGGACAUUUCUGCUCAACUGAAGAAACUCGAUGUAGUCAUUCCCGAAACCUUCCUGGUCCACUACAUCCUUAACCAUCUUCCACCUCAAUAUGGGCCUUUCAAAAUUUCCUACAACACACAUAAGGACAAAUGGAGUAUCAAUGAACUGAUAACCAUGUGUGCUCAAGAAGAAGCAAGGCUCCUGCAGGAACAAGGUGAAAGUGCUCACAUGGCCACCCAAGGCAAGAAACACAAACCAUCCAAGAAGGACAAGGGGAAAAAUAAAGUGCCUCCCCAAGGUGAUAUAAAGAAGGAUUCCAUCAAAUGUUUCUUCUGCAAAAAGAAGGGACAUGCGAAAAAGGAAUGCGCCAAGUUCAAGAAAUGGAUGGACGACAAUGGGUUUACAAAACCUAAGGAAGCCAGUGGGAAGUGAGCAAAGCAUCUUAUCUGGAAACAAGAUGGGCUCACAUGUGGAGGCUAUAGGAACGUGCCAUUUAGUUUUAAGUAGCGGUUUUGUUUUAAAGUUAGAAAAGACAUUUUAUGUACCAAGUUUCUCUAGAAACUUGAUUUCCGUUUCAAGACUUGUACCUUUUGGUUUUUCCUUUACAUUUUCAGACAAAUCUUUUAAUUUAUAUAAUAAAUCUGAAUGUGUUGGAAAUGGUAUUUUGUCUGAUGG